AUGCUACGAUGUCUCUUCCAAUGKAUGCAGAUAUGGCUUUUAAGAUUGUUUAUUCAGUUCAGAUUCUUACCAACAUCAUUGGAAAUAGUCUAGUGUGCUUGGUUGUCUGUCGCUUUCCGUUUAUGAAAACUUCAAUGAACUAUCUACUUCUCCAUCUUGCCAUCUGUGACGUAAUGGCGGGAGUGUUCUUCUCUGGUAAUCGCGUUUUCUUCGGACUUUACGACCAUCCAAGUGGUGAUUUUGGGGAUUUUCUCUGCAAGUUUGUAACUUAUGGGAAUCUAGCUUGGUAUGCUUCGUGCGCCAGUGUUUGUACACUUAUAGCAAUUGCAUGGGAAAGAUAUAAUGCUAUUGUGAAACCAUACUCUCCGAGAUUCUCGCAGAAGAAAGUCAAGAUAACGGUCGUCGUAAGUUGGGUUUAUGCGUGUGUUAUUUGUUUUCUAGACACUCUAGCUUUAAAAUACAAUCAGAACAUCAACUCUUGUGACUAUAUUUGGGAGCUAGAAUGGGUUGUUAAAGUUGACGCAGCAAUAUGGUUGUUUGUAUUUGGGAUCUUACCUUAUUGCAUUAUGAUGACGUUAUAUGGAAAAGUUGUGCAAACAUUAUGGUGCUCCCGGCGGGAAAGUGACAUUUCUCAAAUUAAUCUCUACAAAUCUAGGAAGCGAGUGACAAAAAUCACAAUGAUUGUGACUGCGAUAUUUUUUGCUUGCUGGAUGCCGAACAUGAUCAAUUACUUCAUAACGUCUUAUUCAGCCAAGCAAUCUUCCACAGUGGAAAAACUGGACAGCAUUUCUCCCUACGUCUAUCCAACUACAUUGAUGCUGGUUCUUUUCAAUUCAACAACGAACCCCUUCAUUUACGCGUUGCAGGAUGUUCGCUUUAGAAGAUGCAUGGGUCGAUUGCUCUGCCGAGGGUGUCGAGCAAACAAAAUUCGUACACAUGUGAACUCAGCCAGAAAAGAUGUUGAAAUUUUGGGAAAUAACCAACACUAUGUUGAAGCCAUGAAAGAGCAAAACAUUUAGAGAAUGCCGCUUGUUGUUGACUAUAUUUUUAUUGUUUUUUUUUUUUUUUUUGUAAUAUCCGGAAUAAUCUUCAAGACCGGAGGAAACCUUGAUUAUUUCGACUGCAAAACCCUUAUGCAAUUACAGCAGUUAUUACACAUUUGUUUGAUUAUGUAACAUGAGAGUGUCGAGAUUAAGCGUUGAUAUUAGUUCCUUUUGUUGUGUUUACUUUAAUCUUCUCAAAAUUUAUUAGAUCCUCGUUUCA